GGAGACGCUUCUCGUCUGCUUGAUUUUGCUUUGCUUAAGACAACAGUUAUAAUAAAAACUGUUUAGUUUAUGUUACAUUUCCUUUUGAAAUGUGAUAUUAGUUGUUACAUACAGUUUUGUGGUUCAAACAAAACUUUAAUUCUUCUUUGACUGAAUUAUGUCAAACAACAUGAACCCAGGAGGUAAUAUGCCCUCGAUUGGGUCCAUGAAUCCUUCUAGUGCUAUCCAAUACGCGAAUAACCCGAUGCAGAGUCCGCAGCUACAGUCGAGCUCCAUUCAGAGCUCACCGUCGCAACAUAGUCCUAUGAGUAGCCAGUCGUCAAUUGGCGCCAAAGUGAAUACGAGUGGUGAUCAAACUACGCAGCUUCUCAGCAGACCCAGACUUCAGGAGUUGGUGAGAGAAGUGGAUCCCACAGUGCAACUAGACGAGGAGGUUGAGGAGAUGCUGCUGCAGCUGGCCGAUGACUUCAUUGACACGUCUCUGAACGCUGCGUGUGCACUCGCAAAACACAGACAUGCCCCCACGGUGGAAUUGAGGGAUGUGCAGUUACAUUUAGAGCGACAAUGGAACAUGUGGAUUCCAGGGUUCGGCAACGACGAGCUCCGGCCGUACAAGCGCGCCGCCGUCACCGAGGCACACAAACAGCGCAUGGCUCUCAUACGGAAAACUAUCAAGAAGUACUAGGGAAUUAGAUAUCUUGUUUAAUGUACAGUACUCUCUCUCUCUCUAUAGCCCUUUUCUACGCUUCGGGUUUCAAUUUACGCCACUCGUCACGUUUCUGUGCGACAUGGAGCCACUUUUUCCCCGCAGUCCCUUUGAUGUCGUCCCAGCGCAUCUGGGGUCUACUGUGAGGGCACUCCUCUUUGAUCGCCAGUACUGUACAGUACGAAAAUUGAAGCAGGUAUUCUGUUCACACUAAAACAUUGAUUUAGGCUUUAACUUUUUUGUAAUAACAAAGAACAUGGACAGAGGGCAAAGUUACGUUUUCUCUUUAGAUACUUAAAGAAUCAACUAAUACUUGAUAGUCCUGUACAUUGAAUCUAGAUAUGUCAAGCAAGACUAAUUAAAUAAGAAAAUAACUAUAGUUUAAGUGUGGUGAGCUGGUGUCAAUAACUGGUCUAGAAAGUGAAAAAUGUAUUGCGAAUGUGAGUUAUUAAUAAAAGAUUUUAUAAUACCUAA